AUGCUCGACAUCAACCAGCGGCACCGAUGGAUGGUCGCUGGCUUUUUGAAGCAGCGAAAGCUUCUCAUAGCCAUCAACUGCCUCGCAGGCAUGUCCAUCUUCUUUUUCGGAUACGACCAAGGCAUGAUGGGCGGCGUCAAUAACGCAAAAGACUAUGUCGACAUCAUGCGAUUUGGAUACGUCAAAGAAGAUGGAACUGCAGUAGUCACUGAUGCCUUACUACAGGGCGGCAUCAUGUCUGUCUACUAUCUUGGUACUCUCAUUGGUUGCCUACUGGGCGGUUGGUUCGGCGACCGUUUCGGUAGGAUUAAUGCAGUUGCGCUUGGUGCUCUCUGGGGUACAAUUGGUGCUGCCCUCCAAUGUUCUGCCAUGAACUCGGACUGGAUGAUCUGUUCGCGACUCGUGAAUGGUAUUGGUACCGGUAUCUUGAAUGCCAUCGUCCCCGCCUGGGCCUCAGAGCUUGCGGACCACAAGUCACGAGGCACUUUUAUCGCCAUGGAGUUCACAUUGAAUAUCUUUGGUGUUGUUGUGGCAUACUGGCUGGGUUAUGGGGUAAGUUUCAUCGAUAAUGGCAAUUCGCCUGUUCGAUGGAGAUUCCCCAUAGCUUUCCAGAUCAUCCCACUUUUGUUUCUACUCUUUGGUUGCUGGCUAUUCCCGGAAUCCCCUCGUUGGUUGAGCAGAGUUGGGCGCAACGAGGAAGCACUCUACAUCCUUCAACGCCUACGAGGAGAUACCGGCCAAGAGGCUGAGCUGGCUCAACAAGAGCUAGACGAGAUUCGUCAGGUUGUAGAACUUGAGCGAUCCUCAAAGGGAACUUCAUAUUGGCAGAUGCUCUUUGGCCUCAAGUCGGGCCAGCUACAUACUGGCCGCCGGGUGCAGCUUGUCAUCUGGCUGCAAAUUCUGCAAUGCUGGACAGGUAUAGCCGGUAUAACCAUGUACGGCCCGACGAUCUUUGCCAUAGCUGGCUUUGGACCGGAUAAAGCCCAGUGGGUGUCUGGUCUCAACAACAUCUUCUAUAUGUUUGCAACUCUCAUCUGCGUGUUCACGAUCGAUCGGAUAGGUCGGCGUUGGACCUUGUAUUGGGGAUCUGUGGGUCAAGCUAUUGCCAUGUUCCUCGUGGGGGGUCUAUCCCGUGGAGGUCUCAAUGCAACAGCAACAGGUGCCACCGCGUCGGCCACUAGCUUUGGCGCAGCAGCAGCCGCAAUGGUCUUUAUCUAUACCUUUAUCUUUGGAGCCACGUGGUUGACUGUUCCAUGGCUUUAUCCUGCAGAGAUUUUCCCUCUUCAGGUUCGUGCUAAGGGUAACGCUUGGGGUGUGGUGGGCUGGAGUAUUGGAAAUGGAACGCUCACUUUAGUUCUGCCCUACAUCGUGGAGGCAAUCAACGAAAAGGUAAUGUACAUUUUUGGCGUAGUGAAUGUCAUCAGCAUCCCCAUUGUUUGGGCUCUUUACCCCGAAUCAAAUCAGCGAACCCUCGAGGAGAUGGACCUCUUGUUCGCUGCAGAGUCUCCAUGGUCAUGGGCUGCUGAGAAGAAGUUCCGAGAACUCAAAGAGGAGAAUGCUCAUGCUCGGGGCUUUGUCAGCGGAGAUGAUAACAAGAUGAAUGCUGUACAUGUCGAGGGAGCCAAGGACAUGGCUUAA